GCCUGCAAUGGUUGUUGCGAUAUUUCUCUAUCCAUACGAAGGGAGUAAUAAAUAAGCCCAAUGGGAGAAGAGAAGAGAAGAGAAAAGAAAAGAAAAUAAAACAAAAAGGGUAGAGAAGAAGAAGAAGGAGGAGAAGAGUGAGAGUCGGCGCUUUCCUCUCCAUUUUGGACACAUCUGAAGCACCGCUCUGGAACUACGGAUAAUACCCAAAUGAAUUUCGACAAUGACAAUGAAAUGUGGGACUGGCAUGGAGAGGAUUAUUCUCUCCAAAAGGAUACCAAUCUUGGCGCAUCCGAGUGCCUCUGGGAUGGAGUAAACAACAAUGAAGAGCUGCCUCACAUGUUGGAUGAAGCAACACCAGUUAGGGCCUGUGGCGAUUUAGCUUACCAUGUUGCUGCUGAUGAGAAUAUGAAGAAGGGUUUACAAGAUUGCAGGGAGACGAAUUCACAAGUAAAGAGACGAAGAAUGCUGCAGUUUGAUAAUGAGGUUUUAGAUGCCCCAUUUUGCAAUGAGGAGAUGCCAUCUGUGUUCUUAAAAUCGAAGGAGAAGGAGGAUUCACUUGAAGAGGCCUUAUCUAAUAUGUCGCAGUGGGUCUCUGGGUUUGCAGAGGAUACUUCUGGACCUGGUUAUGAGGGCCUGGAUCAGUCAUCUGAGGAGUGGCUAGCUGAUUGCUUUAAUGAUGUCGAGAUGCAAUGCUGUACUGAUGAUAUGAAUGUUUCUGGGGCAUCUGAUGUUCAAAUUGAUAUUUCAGAGUUCUACACCACCACCCCACCUGAAUAUGAAGUCACCGCAGCUCAAAAGCGAUCUGCUCAGCCUUGUCAAAAUGUUGUUUUUAGAGGUAGAAAGUCAUACAUGCAAACUCCAAGAAAGCUGGCUUCAUCCGUUGCCUAUCCAUUUGCCUUCAUUAAACCUUGUGGUGCUCAUGGGGAUGUAACCCUGAAGGACAUAAACCAGCGGAUAAGAACGCCACCUUCAUCAAAACUGAAGCAAAGUACUGAAGAUCCUUCUGCUCCUUAUCCAACGUCAGCUUUUUCUGGGAAGCCCGUUGUUGGCAAAACUAAAAUUCGCACUGAGGGUGGGAAGGGAAGCAUCACAAUCAUGAGAACCAGAGGCUGAAUAGACGAGUGUUCCUCAAUUUUCCCUUUUUGUGGCUCAUCCAUUAUGGUCCAAGAUCAAAUUUGUUAUGUGUAUUUCUCAGCAGCACCUAACAUAGAAGUUGAUACUUCAAUUUUAUGGCUCUUGAUCAUAAAUCAGGUGAAGUGUUAAUUGUUUUCAAGUGGUUUUGUAGGUUUCAGAUGGCUUUUGUGUUAUAGCUGGUUGUACUGAUACAAGAGUCAAAUGAGGAUUUUGACCCUCACAGGUCAUACCUUUUC